UAUUAGAAAAAAAAAAAACUUUCAUCACAACUUUCUUUUGGAGGGAUCGGUUUUGGGGGUAUACAUCCACACACUCAUCAGUUUCUUUGGGGGAUUCAUACGCACGACAGAAUAGAAAAAAAAAGGAAGAUCGAUUUGAAGGUUUCUAGCAUCAAAACAAUCUUUGAUUUUUUAUUUGCUCGUUUUAGAUCGUUGUGUGAAAUUGUUAAUUGAAUCCGUAUUGGAGUCGCAUAAUUUCUGAAAAUAAACUCGAUCUCAAAAGGAGCCACCAAAUUAGGGGAUUUACCCGAGGCAAUCGAUUCCGUCGGUUGAAUUCGUUUCAGAAAAAAAACUAGGGUUUUGUUGGCUGUAACGAUGUCGGUAACGGCGGGUGUUAGUGAUACUGUCAUAGCGGUUAGGGAUAAGCUUCGAGGCAAAAUCGGGCAAACAAAAGUGAAGAGGUAUUGGCCUGGAAAAGCUCCUGAGUGGGCAGAUGAUGGCGAUGAAGAAGGUGAUAUGCGGAUGGCAAGGUCAGUUGCUUUGGAGAAGGCUUUUCCUAGCAGGGAAGAUUCAAAUAUCAUGAAAAGAGAUGAUCGUAGGCUGCGUCGUUUAGCAGAGAAUAGAUUCGAUAAUAAGGAAGAAAUAAGAGCAGAUCAUCGAAGAAUCAGACAAGCUGAGAUCAUUUCAACAGAGGAAGAAGAACAGAGGAGACAAGAAAGGAUAGAAUUUGAAGAAGAUGAUGAAGAUGCUCUUGAUGAAAGAAGGAGACGAAUCAGGGAAAAGUUGCUUCAGAGGGAACAAGAGGAAGCUGCCAUGAUUCCUGAAGAAGAAGAAGAAGAGGAAGAGGAAGAAGAGGAGUCAUCUGAAUAUGAAACAGAUUCAGAAGAAGAGCAAAUGGGUAUGGCUAUGGUGAAGCCCGUGUUUGUUCCCAAAUCAGAACGUGACACCAUUGCUGAACGUGAAAAGAUCGAAGCAGAAGAACAAGCAAUUGAAGAGUUAAUGAAGAGAAGAGCAGAAGAAAGAAAAAUCGAAACAAAACAGAUAGUUGUUGAAGAAAUCCGUAAAGACCUACAAAUCCAGAAGAACCUUGAAGCAGAAGCCAACAUUGCUGACAUAGAAACAGACGAUGAGUUAAACGAAGCUGAAGAAUAUGAAGCAUGGAAGGCUCGUGAGUAUGCAAGAAUCAAAAGAGAUAGAGAAGAUAGAGAUGCAAUGUCAAAGGAAAGGGAAGAGAUUGAAAGAGUUAGGAAUAUGACUGAAGAAGAAAGAAGAGAAUGGGAGAGAAAGAAUCCAAAACCUGCAUCUGCACCUAAACAGAAAUGGAGAUUCAUGCAGAAAUAUUAUCAUAAAGGUGCUUUCUUCCAGGAUGAUCCAGAUGACACUGCUGCAACAGUUGGUGCUGAUGGAAUUUUCCACCGUGAUUUUAGUGCUCCAACUGGAGAGGAUAAGAUGGAUAAGACUAUUUUGCCCAAAGUUAUGCAAGUCAAGCAUUUUGGUCGUAGUGGAAGAACAAAAUGGACUCAUCUUGUUAAUGAAGAUACAACUGACUGGAAUAACCCGUGGACAUACAAUGAUACACUAAGAGCUAAAUACAACACAAAAAUGGCGGGUAUGAAUGCUCCUAUUGCUAAACCUAAAGGAAAAAAGAUCAAGGACUGGGAAUCUCGUUGAAGUUUAAUGGAAUAUGUAAGCAUUUAGACACUUGAUCAUUAAUGUUUAUCUGUAUUGUUAUCUUGCUUAAAAGUUUUUCUUGUUUUGUACACCUUAAGUUUGACCCAUCUCUUCUCUGCAGUAUGCUUGUUAGAACAGUUUGGUUGAUAUUUGAUCAAUCAGUCAUCGUUUUAGAAAUAUAACAUGAAAAUGGAGGGAGAUAUAUGUUUUUAAUCAAUUGUGGGUUCCCCAUUCCUUGACAAAUUACCUGAACUUGUGGCUAUAUGCCUUAUUGAUCCUUUAGGGCAAAUCGUGUUUGAUGUUGAAGAAAGUGGAAACCAUCAUUAAACACGAAGCUACAAGCUUGAAUGAAUCAUGAAUGCAUAUCACCUAUAUGAAACUGCAAUCUCUGUGGCUUAAGCCAUAAAGCCUG